UGCGCUGUUGAAGCAACGUAGCACAGUGGUACUACUCCGGUCGCCGUCCCUCUGCCCCAAUCAGGCAACCACCCUCAACAACUACCCACCCCACCACCAGCUCCACCGCACCCUCCCCCUCUCCCUCCCGCCUCCGGCAGCCCGCGCGCCGCCUCCCUUCCCCACGGCCCUCCUCGGAUAGCUAGAUCCCUCCGAGUCGAGGAGCGAGUCCUGGCGGCGGCGUGGAGCGCCUGCCGGCGUCAUGGGCAGGACGGCGGCAGGGGGAACCGGAGAGUGCCUUAAUCUCCGGCGAGGAACACCCCGCGACGCGACGGAGAGGCGGCGGCGGAUUGACGCGCCGGCUGGGUCAACUUCUUACUCGGCAAGCCUGGAGCGGUCCACGUGGCGCGCGCCAGCUGGUUGGGCCCACGCGUCAGGGGAAGAAACCCUCGCCUUGGGUUCGCCGCCCCUCCGCGUCCGGGGAGCUUAUUUAAAACGCUGCGCGUUGGCAUUGCCGCUACAGUGAUAACCGCCGCAGGCCGCAACAACAACAAACAUCUCCUCCUCCCUCCCUCCUCGUCGUCUCCCUCUGCUCCCCACGCGCAUGAUCCAGUUCCUCCCCGGCAUGUCGUCGUCGUCGUCGGACAAGGAGGCGGCGGACCGCGCCAAGCCCCGCUCGGCGAGUGCGGCGGCGCCCGGCAAGUCCAGCUCGGCGCGGGCCGCGGCACCCAGCAAGUCAACUUCGGCGGCCCGCGCCAGGUUCAGCUCGGCGUCGCUGCCCGUGGGCGGCAAGUCCCGGUGGUCGGAGGUGGGCGUGGCGCCGUUCCAGGACGGGCAGUACGUGCGUCUCCUCAACCGCGGCCGCGGCGGGUACCUCUUCGCGGACGAGACGGGGCGGGGCGUCUCCGUGGACCGCCGCCGCGGGAUGGCCAACACGGCGUGGGUCGCGCAGGUGCUCGAGACCGACACCAACUACCACGUGCUGCUCCGCAGCGCCUACGGCCGCCACCUCGCCGUCACGCGCGCCCCGGCGCCCGAGGGCCACGUCGGCUGCGGCGCCGCGCAGUGCGCCUUCGACGGGCCGGACGACGCCCACGUCAUGUGGUGGACCACCCCGGGGAAGGGCGGCAGCGUCGUGCUGCUCCACGGCACGUCCGCCAGCCUCACGGCGCUCCGGGCCAACGGGCGGUACCGCCGCUGGCACAGGGGCGUCACCGUCGAGGCCAUCAACCGCUCCCGCGUCACCUCGAUGAUGGAGUGGGAGGUUGAGGUCAUCCCGCUCAGGGUGGAGAGGCCGCCCUACCAGCUGCGACCAGGAGGCGCCGAUGCUCUAUGGCACCCAGGUUCUGCAGAGAAGAUGGAAAUCAAUUGCGCUGUGGCAGAUGAUAACGGCAGCACCGAUGGCCGGGGCUGGGAAACUAUCCAGUUCCGUGGCAGGAGUCUGAUGGAGCUGGGCAAUGAGUUGGCACAGCGGUUGGGCGACCGAGUCAGUUUCCAGGACAUCACCCUCUUUAUUCAGGCAGGCAACCUUGGGCAGCCGACGCUUCUGCUCACCGACCUUCCCCAUAGAGACGACCGCGUUGACAUCGUGGUGUUCAGGGUUGGUACAGCAGGGCACGACCGACUACUGUUUCCAGAUCUUGAUGCUGAAUAGAAGAGAAUGGUGGGAUCUGCAAACAAUUCUUCCCCUGGAUAGUACUGUCAACUCCUUCACUAUUUUACAGCACAGUGAUGGCCUGACAAGGAUUAGCAGUUCACUUUUCUUAUAGAACAGUCAGUUAGUUUAUGAAACAGUGCCAAGUGAUGCACCCUUCUUUGUUACCUCACUUUUGGAGCACCAGGAGACGAUGCUGUUUGUUUUGGUGUUUUUUGAGACUUCGGAGAAAUUAAUCGCUGCUGCUUGCCUGUAGGAAGAAUAUGUGUUAAAAGUGCCUAUAGUUGAUUUCACUGGUUCUUUAUA